GCUAGUUUCAAUCUUGCGCAAAUCGUGCUUUCAAUAUAUCUGCUCUUUCCGAUUCAAGCUCCUGCAUAUAUCAUAAAUUAACAUGAUUCGGGUUUUUGUUUAUUUAAAGCUAUAUAUGUCUCUGCUGAAAUUAAAUAUGAGUGAAUAUAAUCAAUCAACGAUGUGUCUUUUGAAAAUUUCCCACGUCCUAUAUUCGAUCACUUAACGGAAAGUUCGAUUCAUUAUAGGACGCCUGUCUUGGCGUUUUAGUCACCUGUCUAGCCAUCAUAGAAGGUUAUUAUAUGAGACCAAGCGGAAACAUCGGGGAUAAGGGUUUAUGUCUAGAUGAUGAUAGAAAUACACGUAGUUUUAUGAAUUUUUGGUGAUUGAAGAAAUAUACAGUUGAAGUGAAGAAAAUCAAAAGAACUUAGCAUAGAUCUUUAGAGACUUGUCGUCUCUUUGAAUUGUUAUCAUUUUUACUUUAAUUUCGCCUCUCGCCUUGCUCUCCCACAAACAAAACAAAUUAAGUUAAGAAAGUGUUCGAUUGGCUGUUCUGGAGAAUAGUUUGAAAUCCUUUGAAUAAAGUCACUUGGACAUGAGGAAACUUCUUAGCAAGGGACAAAAAAGAUGCAAGGAAAUUAAAGGUUGCGCAGCGAUCGAGUAAUUAUAAAUUAUUGCGUCCUUCAAGCUCCAGCUAGCUCUUUAUAUGUUUGCUUGGAAGUUUAACAGCGAAGGAUAUAUACAUAUAUAUAUCAUGGCCUCUUCAUCGAGCUACAAUUCCCCAUGUGCAGCCUGCAAGUUUCUGAGAAGGAAGUGCAUGCCAGACUGCAUAUUUGCGCCAUAUUUCCCACCAGAAGAACCUCAGAAAUUUGCCAACGUUCACAAGAUAUUCGGUGCAAGCAACGUGAGCAAGCUCUUGAACGAAGUGCUACCUCAUCAGAGAGAGGAUGCUGUGAACUCUCUGGCUUAUGAAGCUGAAGCUCGGAUCAAAGAUCCGGUGUAUGGUUGUGUCGGAGCCAUCUCGGUUCUCCAGAGGCAAGUCAUUAGGCUCCAAAAGGAACUAGAUGCCACAAAUGCUGAAAUGAUUCGCUAUACGUGCAGUGAAAUACCCACUACUCAUCAAGAUGGAACUAGAUUAUUCGGUACUGAAGGACCUGGAGGCUCGUCAUCGUCUCUUCUCGGUCAGUCUCCUUCUGCUUUUUACUAUCCUUCUCCUUGGAAUAAUGAUGUUUGUGGGGAUGCCUUUCACAUUCACAGAGGAGCAGAUAAUAACAUGUGAAUUUAUCUACCUGCGUUAACUUAUAUAUGCAGUAAGACCCUGAGAGCGAGUCAGCCUUUUAUAUAGUGUAUUUUAUACAUGGAAUGUGCCUGUAUAUAUACAUGUAUGAAACUGUGAACUCUCUGUAGGCAUCUCUCAAAGCCCGCUCUCUCUACAAUAUACCACAAAAUAUAUUGUCUGAGUAGAUCGUGUGAAUGAAACUGAAGUUCUCUUCACCGAAUAUCAUACAUGACUUGGAAUGCUUUAUAUAAACGCCAUAUAAAGUUGCAUUGCUUUGAGGACGUACAAAUAGAAUAAACCUAGCUAGUUAACAUAUUCUUAUUUCCCGCCAAGAGAUACCAAAGUAAAGUAUCUCAAAUGAUACGUGCAAUAUAUGCAGUUCAUAUAUGUAAAUGAUGGAUAUUAUUAAUAAGCUGAGGUGAUAUAUUCUAAACUUCCAGCUUAGAGUCGUUCCUGUCCCUUCUUCCUAUACAUACGGUUCAGGAAGUGUCCAUGUUAUUGCGUUAAUCCUGGACUGUGUAUGGGUCAGAGCAGGAUAUAAAGAAGUAGCUGUGAAUUUGUUGACUUGUAUACGUGAACGUUCCUGCCUUUAUUGCUUUUGCAUUCCCUGGUGAAAAAUUAAAGGAAAAAUAAUGAAUAUUUGUGA